GCCUCCGAAGAAGCAGCAUCUCAAGCCGACUGCAGCCAACGUCUCCAGCUCUUUGGACCUAGAGUCUGAGGACAUCAGCUUGGAGACUACCGUGCCCACCACCGAGGAUGUCUCCUCGUCCGACGAGCAGCGGAACGGCUCCCAGAAGGUGACCCGUCAGCUGAUCGAGAGGAAGGAGCUGCUGCACAACAUCCAGCUGCUUAAAAUCGAGCUAUCUCAGAAGAAUCUCAUCAUAGACAACAUGAAGGCCGAUCAUAUGUCAAAGAUUGAGGAGUUGGAGGAGAGGCUGAAUGACGCCCUGCAUCAGAAACAAGUGUUGGUCCUAAGACUGGAUAACCAGCUGAAACUUACUCAGGAGGAGAACAGGAAGCAGCAGGCUCUGCGUAAGCAGGAGAUGGAGGCCAUCCUGCUCAGGCAGCAGCAGCUUGAGGAGACUAACCGACAGCUGUGUGAGAAGGCUGGAGAACUGAGGAGGUCUCUCAGGGAUCUGGACCUCUCCCAGGACAGAUACCAGGAGCUUCGUGGUCUUCCUGAGGACAAAAUAUCUAUACAGGAAUAUGUAGCUAUGCGUUUCUAUGAGGUAGUGACCCCUCUGCGGGCCCAGCUGGUUGAGCUUAGUCUGAAGAACAGCAGUGUGACAGAAGAGCUGGAUAUGCACAGAACCAAGAUGAAGACACUGAUUGAG